AUGUUGUUUCUAGUCUCUAUUGUCUUGACAUUUCUUGCCCUAAUUCUCAUCCCUUGUCUCUUCAUCUCUAGGCGUCUAAGAGUUACCCUCUCCUUCACAAAUAUCCGCAGAUCGAUCAGAACUGGGGCUUCUCGAUUCGAAAAAAGGAACGAUAAACUUGGUACAAUUGGAGAGAAAGAGAGUAUACCAAACCAUGUGGCGAUAAUAUUGGACGGAAACAGACGUUGGGCGAAGAAACAAGGACUCGGUGUAUCGGAAGGCCAGGAAGCCGGAUCAAUAACAGCUGUGGACCUUGUAGUGGAAUUUUUCACUUUGGGCGUAAACACUGUCUCACUCUUUGCUUUCUCCACUGAAAAUUGGGGAAGACCCGAGGAUGAAGUUAACUUCUUGAUGGACAUGUAUGAGAAACUCUUCAAGUCGGAGAUACCUAUCUUCCAAAAAAAUGAAAUCAAGAUCUCUGUUAUCGGGAACCGGACGAAUAUCCCCAAGGGGCUACUAGGUUCAAUUACGGAGGCAGAAGAAGCUACAAAGAGCUAUGAAGGAAAGCACUUCAUUGUGGCGAUUGACUAUAGUGGAAGGUUUGAUAUCUUGCAAGCCUGCAAAAGUCUUGCUGAAAAGGCGAAAAAGGGGCUGAUCCAAGUGGAGGACAUCGAUGAAAAUCUCAUGCAAGAAGAGUUGAUGACAAAGUGUAGUGAGUUCCCAAAUCCUGACCUAUUGAUCAGAACGAGCGGAGAGCAACGGAUCAGUAACUACUUCUUAUGGCAAUCAGCUUACACUGAGCUCUACUUUCCUAGUGUUCUGUGGCCUGACUUCAAAAAGGUUCAUUAUCUCCAGGCAUUGACUUGGUAUCAGCAGAGGAAUAGGCGAUUCGGUCGCAGAGUUUAA